AUGAGAAACGAUACGGAAAGACAUAUUCUUUUUUUUUUUAACUGUUUAUUUACCUGAUGUUUGCUUCCUCAUCGGCAAUCAAUAUGGAAUACUGUAGAAAAAUGGACCAUCCAUCAAAUGGUGUUUCUAUUGUGGGCUGUCUGAGGCCAUCUUUUGCUGAUGAAGAAUCGUACUUAAGAAGGUCAUUUCACUGUGAAGAUAGUGAUGGCUGUAAUUCAGACUGGAAAGAUGGAGAAAUUUUGAGCUUUAGCUCCAAAAGCGAUGGAAGCAGCUCUGGCUCAACUCCCCAUCGUUUGGAGAUCUUGAGAAUAGAGCUAUUUUCGUUGUAUAGGUCUCAGUCUCUGGUUGGUUUACAAAAUUUUCAAGAUGCAGAGCUUGAUGUCCUUGCUCACUCUACUUCAGCAAUUCUAGAGCACUUUAGCGGAAAGGGAAGUAGAUGCAAUGUUGCUCUUAAAGCUCUUUUUAAGAAGAAGGGUCUUCAUGUUGAGAGAGCUAUUUUGAUUCUUUCAUAUAUAAUUCUCUACAUGAUUAGUUUGCAUAUUAUGAUUGUAUUUUGA